AUGUGUUUAGGAGACAUUUCGGCUAGAUCACAAGAUCAAAUGAUCCUAAAUUUGCAAGGCUGUGACAUUCCUAUUCAUGAAUCUCAAGAUUUUAAGGAUUUUUCUGAAAUUGGUACUGGAGGUUAUGCUUCGGUUUAUACUGCACAUUGGAAAAUAACCAAAACAAAACUUGCAAUUAAACAAUUUUUCGAAAGUUCUACGAAAGAAAUUAAAGAAAUUAUUAUAAAUGAGAUUCAUUUAAUGGAAAUUAUGAGAAAAAAAGUUAUUUUUCAUCCAAAUAUAAUUAAAUUUUACGGAAUUACGAAAUUAAAAGACGAAAUAAAUUAUGCGAUGAUUCUUGAAUAUGCGGAUGGCGGUACUUUAGGAAAAUAUUUAAGAGACAACGCCGAAUCUUUUAAAUGGGAAAAUCAAUUGAAAUUUGCCAACGACAUUGCGAGUGCGAUUUUAUGGUUACACGACAAUGACAUAAUACAUCGAGAUCUUCAUCCCAAUAAUAUCUUGAUCCAUCAACAUUCAAUCAAAUUAGCGGAUUUUGGAUGUAAUGCUUCUUCCAUUCAGUUGGAAAUUCUUAAAGGUACCAGAGAAAUGCCUGUUUCAGCCACUAAUCGCAUAUUUGUUAAUCUUUAUAAAGAAUGUUGGGAGCAUGAGCCAGAGGAGAGACCAGACAUUGAUCAAGUGAUUCUGAGACUUAAUAGUAUUCCUAAAAGCCAUUUCGACUCUAAAGAAAAUGAGGAAAGUGAAAUAAUAGAUGAAUUAGACCUUUCAGACUGUGAUGUUCAAUUAUAUUAUUAG